AUGGCAUUUAGCUACGUACCACCUCCAUACCCGAAAGAUACCAGUGCAAAACCGAUUCAGUACGGGCACAGUCUGGAGCCGCACAAUAAGACACAAUCGUUCAAAGGAGAUCCUGUUCCAUAUGAUAAAAACGGCGGAUACGACGGACAAGCCAGCUCUGCAACUUAUAUGUCAGAUUUUGUGAAGAAAAAUACUGAUGAUGAACAUAAGAAGAAGUUUGCAAAGCAAGCAGGAAAGUUGAUGAUCAAGGGACUACAGAGGUUUUUGACUAGUUAA